AGAGGAAGUCUGACUCGCUCACUCGUCGUCCGGCGCGCGUCCGAUAAAGGAGUCAAGUUCCCUAUCCUCUCGUUCCUUACACUCUUUAACUUUUUAAAUAUACAUAUAUACAUACACACAAGAUGUCUGGACUUGGAGAUCCCGUGGCGUUCGCCAAAGAUUUUAUUGCCGGAGGAGUUUCUGCAGCAAUUUCAAAAACUGCUGUAGCACCAAUUGAACGUGUGAAGCUUCUCCUUCAAGUGCAACACAUUUCUAAGCAAAUCGCUGAGGACCAACGCUACAAGGGUAUGGUCGAUUGUUUCGUCCGUAUUCCAAAAGAACAAGGAUUCUUGAGUUUCUGGCGUGGUAAUUUCGCCAACGUUAUCCGGUACUUCCCCACGCAAGCUUUGAACUUUGCCUUCAAAGACAAGUACAAGCAAGUGUUCCUUGGAGGUGUUGACAAGAAUACCCAAUUCUUCCGUUACUUCCUUGGAAAUCUCGCAUCCGGUGGUGCUGCUGGAGCUACGUCUCUCUGUUUUGUCUACCCUCUUGAUUUUGCAAGAACCAGAUUGGCUGCAGACGUUGGAAAAGGAGCAGGAGGACGUGAGUUCUCAGGUUUAGGAAAUUGUUUAUCGAAGAUUUUCAAAGCCGAUGGACUAAACGGUCUCUACAAAGGAUUCGGUGUAUCGGUCCAGGGUAUUAUCAUCUACAGAGCAGCUUACUUUGGUUUCUAUGAUACCGCUCGUGGUAUGUUGCCUGACCCCAAGAAAACUCCAUUCCUUGUCUCAUGGGGUAUUGCACAGUGCGUUACCACCGUAGCUGGUAUUGUCUCGUAUCCCUUCGACACAGUCCGUAGGCGUAUGAUGAUGCAAUCUGGCAGAGCAAAGUCAGAAAUUCUCUACAAGAGCACAGCUCAUUGCUGGGCAACAAUUGCGAAAUCCGAGGGCACUGGUGCCUUCUUCAAGGGAGCCUUCUCCAACGUACUCCGUGGUACUGGCGGUGCCCUCGUACUUGUAUUGUACGAUGAAAUCAAGAACCUUCUCUAAACAAAAGGCAAUUAGGGUCCUUACCUCAAUUUUCAUUUACCAUUCAUUGAGAGAAAAAAAACUCAUUUUCCAUUUACCACUUAAAUUUUAUCCCUCCUCCCUUAAUUUCCCCCCAAUUAAUUUGAACAUUGAAAGACAAAGCAGUUCUCCUAACACCGAGUGUCCAAUAAACACGAACUACUGUGUCAACAAUUUCAUAAAUAAAUUUUCUCUCUUUCUCUUUCGGGGUCUGAGAGCAAAUAAAAAAAUGGUAGCGGCUCACAAAACGCGUGAAACUCGGCAGAGAAAUAAAAAAAACAAGUGGGAGUUCGACAAUGCUCUGAGCUCCAUAGACUAAAUAAUAAAUUCGCUUUUAUUUAUUGCCGGAUUCAGUAUUUUUCUGAGCCUUACGAAAAACGCGCUUCUCACAUUCUCUCUCUCCUGCCCUGCAACGCGUUUCGAUAUAUAUAUUUGUGAAAUUGAAAAUAACACACGUCGUUUGAAAAUAACAACAAUAAACGCGUGCAGGACGUGUUCAAAUGAGAAUUUUGUGACAUGCGACGUGUGUCGCUCGGGUCAGUGAAACUGAUUAUUUCAACUAUAGAUAUUAAAAUAUAUAUAUAUUGAUUUUAAUUAAAAAUGACAACAAUCAUUGAAAAGCAAAUUUUAUGUGAAAAACAAAAGAAAUUUGUGAGCGAGAGGGACGCGCGGCGAAGAUCAUCAACGGCGAUGGCGGGGCGCGUAGACCUGGGCCGCCCCCCGCCCUUAUUCUCGGCCCAUUGUAGAUAAUUAAUAAUUCGUAAUUAUUGAUGAAACGAUGAUUGUAAUAAUAACAAGUCCACCGUGAAUUAGGCGAGUGGUUAUUUAAUUUCACACUCUGGACAACUAUCUUGUAAGAUAUAAAAGAAGAAAGAAUGAUUUAAAAAAAAAAGAAUAAAGUAAAGUAAAGCGUAAGAGGUAACCUCUGAAUUGUAUGCAUCUAAAAUCUGUUCAUGUUAAGGUGUAUGCAGAGAAGGCGAGAGAUCAAUAAAGUCGAAGUAAAAUUUAA